AUGAAGCUGUUCCUACUUUUGUGUUCUGUUGCGGUCAGUCUCAGCGUUCCACAUGGUCGGCGGUUUGAUAAUGAGAAACUUUUCCAUGUUACUCCUAAAAGUAAUGAUGAGGUGCAAUUCAUAAAAUACUUGGACACCACGAUGAAGCUUGACUUCUGGAAACCCAAAUAUUUUCAUAAUCUGACCCCAAAAACCAACAUUUAUUUCCAUGCUGAUGCUCAACAAUCUAAAGAGAUUGAGAACCUUCUAGAAGAAAAAGGAAUCAAGUACAGGGUAGUUUUUCAUGACUUACAAGAAGCUAUUGAAAAUCAGUUUACCAAAAGAAGUAAAUACAAGAAGGGCUUUAAUCGCUAUCGUGAGUGGAAAGAGAUUGCUGUGUGGGCUUAUUCCGUUUCACUAAAAUACCCAAAACUGGCCUCCAUAGUACAGAUUGGAGAAACAUAUGAAGGGCGUCCUAUGCUUGUUAUUAAGAUUGGGAAUCAAAUAUCUGCCAAGAAGGGAAUCUUUCUUGAUUGUGGAAUCCAUGCUCGGGAAUGGAUCUCCCCUGCCUUCUGUCAGUGGUUUGUUAAAGAGGCAAUAAGAACAUAUGGAAAGGACAAAGAAAUGACAAAGCUACUGAACAGUUUCACAUUCCAUGUCUUGCCUGUAUUUAAUGUUGAUGGCUAUGUUUUUUCUUGGACAAGUGAUCGUCUUUGGAGAAAGAAUCGUGCUCCAACCCCCAAUGACAAAUGUACUGGUACAGAUCUUAACAGGAAUUUUAAUGCAUCUUGGAAUGGUAUACACUUUGAUGAUGAGCCUUGUAGUGAAGCCUAUGCUGGAAGUGCCCCAGAAUCUGCACCUGAAGUAAAAGCUGUUGCUUCAUAUAUUCGGGAAAACCUUUCUGCUUUGAAGGCUUACAUAAGUGUCCAUUCAUUCUCACAAUUACUGUUAUAUCCCUAUGGAUAUACAGAAAAAGAGGCAUCAAAUCACAAGAAGCUGGAUGAAAUAGCAAAGGCGUCAGUGGAAGCGCUUCAAAGGCUAUACAACACCAGCUACACAUAUGGAUCUAUUGCCACCACAAUAUAUCCAGUUUGUGGUUCUUCUGCUGACUGGGUAUAUGACUUAGGCAUUAAGUACACGUUUGUGUUUGAGUUGCGUGAUGAAGGGAGAUAUGGUUUUCUGCUUCCUGAGCAUGACAUAGAACCGACGUGCAAGGAGACCAUGAUGGCUGUGAAACAAAUCGCUAGUAAUCUCAUUGAUCUGGAUAUUUAAGGAGCGUUGAAUUUAAAGCUUUGGCUUUUUGUUAAUCUGAUAAAUAUGAUUACACUUUUUUUCUGCAUUAAAAAAUAUUAAACAUUUUAUGAAAAUGAUUGUUUAUUUUGCAUUCAUAAUGUAGCAUUUAC